AUGUCAAGCGGCCCAGGACUGAAGAGGCCAUGGGGACGGCGUCGAACUGGUCGACCUUCUGACGCAUCACAUGUGAGUGUGAGCAAGGCUGAUGGGUCUAACCGGCUUAGCCGGAUUAGUCAGCAGGAAUUCUGGAUCACAACACUAAGAUACACCAAGUAUUUGAGUGUUUUUCGCAUGGUUAGGCUGGACUCUUUGGGGUUUGGCCACCAGGUUCCCACAGAAGCAGCCUCCAUCCCAGCCUCGUCCGAGACGGCCGUGAUCCAAGUGUCAGAUGCCCCGAUGUGCUUUGCCACUGGUUCUGGUGAAUGGGUGGACGCUGAUCCUACUGGUUGUGAUGGGGAAGAGGACCUUGACGAGUUGAUCGAGGUCUCAACUGCGCAGGACGUUGAGGUCAAGGACGAUGAGGCGCCUUCUCAUUGGACAGAGUUGCAGCUUCAGCUCUUUUGUGAGCUGCGAGACUUCCAGAUCCCGGCGGUGCGUGCGCGAAAGGCGAUUGAUGCAGACUGUGCGGAUGUGGAGGAGGCGAUCGCUUGGAUCGAACGGCAUCAAGAGGAUGAAGACAUUGAUGUCUCGCCCGAGAUGCUUCGAGCACGGGAGGAGGAAGAAGUGGCACUCGCCGUGCUCCGACUCUUGACGGUUCCUGCCUUGCACCGCCUUUCAUGUUUGCAAGGAGUGCACCGGGUAUUGCGGAAUAUCUUGGCAGACCCAGAAAGCAGCCGUGUGAGGCAAAUCCGCCUCCAGAACCCACGCUUCAGGGAGCGCAUCGGCCGCUUUCCCGCCGCCCUGGCGCUGCUCACGAAGAUUGGUUUCCAGAAGGGCGACUUCUGGACUUCGGCCUACGAGCGCCAGCCCUGCCUCGAGUGGCGCCACGCCGUGGGCUCGGCGAACGCCAUGUCUCAACGCAUGGAACGUGCUUUCUCGCUGCUGGACGAGGUGCUGCGGAAUCCGGAUGCCUGGAUCCCUGCCACUUGCGCAGCCAUGCCAGAGGUCAAAAGUGAUCUGGUUGACGUGAACGAAGACAGCAGCCUGGCCACUGACACCGCAAGAGAGCUUCUCGCCGAAGUCCAUGCGCGGCGGGCCAAGGACCCUCGAAAGUUCCAGCAGGCCAUGCGUGAUGCAGGUCGGCGUCCGAAUCCCUCUGUGUACCGCCUGGUGCCUCGAGCGCCCACAGCCCAGCGGCCCUUAGAAGAGCGUUUCCCUGGAAAGCGGGAGUUCAAUUUGCAGGACUUGGAGAAUAUGCGUGUAGAGGAAGCAAUCGGAAACAUGCCUUUGUAUGCCAAGGAGUAUGAAACCAGCUUGGGCCAGGCGUCAAGCUAUGGACAGCUGGUGAACCGGAGCUAUGACCCCAACUACUUGGCGCGCAGGGCACUGGACGAGACCAAUAUCUUUCGGGGUUCUGAGAAGAUGCCGCCAAUGAAAUGGUGUCAGGGCAUUGCCGACAUUGCCGCCGAGCACGCGCGACAGAUGGCUCGAGGCGACAUGCCCUUUAGCCACGAUGGCUUUGAAGAUCGCGUGCGUCGUUACCCCAUUCCGCACAUGAGUGCAGCAGAGACCCUUGGAGGCACAGACAACAAGUAUAGGCAGAUGACCCAUGAGGACGGUCAGGUUUGGGGAUGA